UUCCUUUAUCCGUGAAUGUCGAUGCAUGCAAACACCCUUAUAAAUACCCGCCUCUAAUCCCUCUCAAAUUCACAAAAUUCACUGCAUAUAGAUAUAGUGAGAGAAAUCUAUACAUACUGAAUUUCUAGAGUGAGAAAGUGGAGAGGUAAAUUAUAUAUUCAUGGAGGUUGACGGAAGCAAAAUUAAUACUGUUGAAUCAGAACCACCACUUGCGCCACCGGAAGAACCGCUACGAAAACUCAUUCCUGUGGCUGCAAUAGCGGCAGGGGUGCAAUUCGGGUGGGCCCUACAGCUCUCUUUGUUGACUCCGUACCUCUCUUUGUUGACUCCCUACGUACAGCUACUGGGCAUUCCCCAUACUUGGGCGGCCUUCAUCUGGUUGUGUGGGCCAAUCUCCGGCUUGUUCGUGCAGCCGAUUGUCGGGUACUACAGUGACAAUUGCACCUCCAGAUUUGGGCGUCGCCGUCCCUUUAUAGCCGCCGGUACCGCACUUGUCGCCGUCGCCGUUUUUCUAAUUGGGUUUGCCGCAGAUAUUGGUCGUGCCUCCGGUGACCCACUCGGGAAGACGGCGAAGCCCCGUGCCAUUGCUGUUUUUGUCGUCGGGUUUUGGAUCCUUGACGUAGCCAACAACACUUUACAGGGGCCUUGUAGAGCUCUGUUGGCUGAUCUUUCUGGUGGAAAUGCUCAGAAAAUGAGGAUUGCAAAUGCGUUUUUCUCUUUCUUUAUGGCGGUGGGGAACGUUCUCGGUUAUGCGGCUGGAUCAUAUACUCACCUAUACAAAAUGUUUCCAUUUACCAAAACAAAAGCCUGUGAUGUGUAUUGUGCAAAUCUCAAGAGCUGCUUUUUCCUCUCAAUAUUUCUCUUGUUAAUUUUGACAAUAUUGGCUUUGAUUAUUGUGCGUGAAAUGGCCAUGGUCCCUUCAAAGGUAGAGCCACCGGAAAACAGAGGUCAUGUGGGGGUUAAGAAGGUGAAAAUACCAGUUUUGGGGGAGUUAUUUGGUGCGUUGAAGGGCUUGCCUAGGCCUAUGAGGAUUUUGCUCUUGGUGACUUGUUUGAAUUGGAUUGCUUGGUUCCCGUUCUUGUUGUUCGACACUGAUUGGAUGGGAAAGGAGGUGUAUGGAGGGAAGGUGGGGGAAGGGAAGUUGUACGACCAUGGGGUGCGUGCAGGGGCACUCGGGCUGAUGCUGAGUGCUGUGGUGUUGGGGUGCACUUCCCUUGCUAUGGAGUUCUUGGCACGUGGACUCGGUGGGGUGAAGCGGCUGUGGGGUAUAGCCAACUUCUUGUUAGCCAUUUGCUUGGCCUUGACCGUUUUGAUCACAAAAUUGGCACAGUCUACACGGCGUCACACCACCCAUAGUGGUGAUGCUAAGCCACCAGUCACUGGCGUCAAGGUCGGUGCUUUGGCCCUCUUCGCUGUUCUUGGCAUUCCUCAAGCGGUGACUUUCAGCAUUCCAUUCGCUCUAGCGUCUAUAUUUACCAGUGAUUCUGGUUCUGGGACAGGACAAGGUCUGUCGCUUGGAGUUCUAAAUCUUGCAAUAGUUAUACCCCAGAUGGUGGUGUCGUUGCUAAGUGGACCGUGGGAUGCCUUGUUUGGAGGCGGUAACUUACCGGCAUUCAUUGUGGGUGCGGUGGCAGCUGCAGCUAGCGGGAUUUUCGCACUCACCAUGCUUCCGUCUUUACCUUCCGAAGUUUCACCAGACAAGGCCAUGAGCGCCGGAGGUUUUCAUUGAAAUACCAAUGUACCAUAAGCUAGCUAGUUCCCUCCCCCCCCCCCCCCUUCUCCUACGGUCCUACCUUGUCUUUAAGUGUAUUGUAUUAAUCCUUUUUCUUUUCUUUGUUUUCUCCUCAUGACUAAAACUUGGACAUUUUUUAUCCAAGGACAUCAACUUAAAUAUAUGUAAAGUGUGAAUUUGCAAUGUUCGGACCUGUCACAUGGAAUGAGGAGCAAGGGCGUGGUCUCCCUCUA